UAAUUAAAUAAUUUUAAUGAAGACUCUCAUUCUGUUGGCAAUAUAUGUUGCAAUCGCUAUUGCAACUACUACUACAACUCUUGCUGAAAGUGGAUCCUAUAGGUUCACAAUCAGUUUUUCACAAAAUUCAAGCAAUAGAACUAACUCUGAUGUGGUAUUGGGACUGACUGUUGGCUCUACAACUGCUCCAUUGGUUGGUGAUUACUAUGCUUCUGGAGCUUGCUUAAAUGUAGCUACUUCAAAUUAUCAGCUCACCACUGCAAGCACCACUUUGAAGGGCUUUGCAAUUGAAUGGCAAUGACAUUCAACUUGCUCAUCUUUGGCUGCAGUGUACAACUCAGUCAAUUUCUACGCGGGUCCUUAUUGGGGGCAAACAACAGCUCAUGUUGCCUCCUCCCAACCUUCAUUAACCUCUGUACCAUCUCCUGCAGGAACCAAUUCAAACAAUUAUAUUGACAAAACUGUCUACCACACCUGGAGUGGACUGACUCCAACCCAACUUGCAAGUACUUUCUACUUCCCAAACCAGACAGAAGUUUGGUUUGUCAGAUGCUUUGGAAAAUUCAAUUACUCAGCCAGCCUCGGAUAUUCUAAAGGAAUUGCUGACUUAGCUACCACAAUUGGCAAUGGAAGGAACUUGAGUCUCAGUGGUUCCACAAUACCUUCUUCAGAGAGCCAGAAGGGCCGGUUCUGGGCAAUCUUCUCUAUGGCCAAGACGAUUCUAGCCUACCUGACUUAACCUGAAGGAGUCUAAAUAUUAAAGUUUAAACAAGUUAAAUUC